GCUGUUGAGGUGGUUUCUGGAGUUCAACCAGAGGAUUUAGCCGGCCUGCCAGGAACAACACCGGCCCCCGUCACUACACUAAGAUCGGCAACCAUUCUUGACAUUGACGGGAAUCCGUUGCCAACAAAUGAAAGAGCAGAAUAUCUCGGACCUGACGGAGGGCCCAUCCCUGUUAACGAGAGAGGCGAACCUUUGGGUCCGGACGGUGAGACCUUGAAGAAAAACAAUGACGGUAAUUACGUCUAUCCUAUGCGCAAUCUACCACAAGAGCCAACAAGCUCGCACUCAGUCCCCGUAACCCAAAUUACGACACCGAGGCCGCGGCUCGCUAGCGGACACGUUGUGCGAGUCUCUGAGGAUGGCACCGUAUCCCUUGACGGACAGGAAAUCCAGCCAGGAGAGGAUGCGAAGGUCCACAUUAUGCGAGAAUGGAUCGGCGAAGAGAGGUCGACUCCAGAGCCAGUUGAAGUCGUCACCGACAAGACUGUACCCCAGUUCCCUGAGGUGCUUUCUCGAAUGCCACCAGAGGAGGUACCAGGCGUACCGGGAACUACGCCGGCCCAAGUGACUACGUCCAAAGCGAUACCUAUUGUUGACAUUGACGGGAAUCCUUUGCCAAAAAAUGAAAGGGGAGAACCGCUUGGACCCGAUGGGGAGCCCAUAGUGCUUGGCGAGAGAGAAGAACCUUUGGGUCCAGACGGCGAGACGUUGAAGAAGGAUAGCGAGGGCAACUACGUCUAUCCCAUGCGCAUUCUACCACAAGAGCCAACAACCUCGGGCUCAAUUCCUAUAAUCAAAAUUACAACACCAUCCCCGCGAGUAAUCGCGUCAGUGAUAUACGAAGACGGCGUACCACUAGGAACCGGUAGGGACGGGUUCCCAAUUCACUCCGAUGGAAAAACACCCGUGGAAGUAAACAAUCAAAAUGAGCCACUUGGCCCAGACAACCAUGUUCUGCAGAAGGACGAAGACGGAAACUAUAUCUGGCCGCAAAAAUCCACCGAUGUGCUCGUGCUCGGCGUAGCUACAGGCGAAUCGCACCUGUCGUCAUCGACACCUUUUGAGGCCACUCCAGAGAAAAUUCCAGCACAGUUGUCUAGUACACGUGUCCCGGCAGCAGUCAAACCGUUCUUGGAAGUGGUCCUGAAUGACAAGGAACACCUGCGACUCAGCCCUAAUGAAACAACGCAACUCCCUAGCGGACACAUAGUGCGGGUAUCUGAAGACGGCACCGUUUACUUUGAGGGACACGAAAUCCAGGCGGGAGAAGAUGGGAAGGUCCAUAUUCCACAAGAAUGGAUCAGUGAAGAGGCGUCGACUCCAGAGCCAGUUGAAGCCGUUACGGACAAGACGGUCGCCCAAGUUCCUGAUCUGCUUUCUGGAAUGCCACCCGAGGUGGAAGGGGGGCUACGGGGAACCACACCGGCCCAAGGGACUACACCUAAAGGAGCAACUAUUGUUGACAUUGACGGCAAUCCUUUAUCAACAAAUGAAAGGGGAGAACCGCUCGGACCUGACGGGGAACCAGUUACGCUUGACGAGAGGGGCGAACCUUUGGGUCCGGACGGUGAAACACUGAAGAAAGAUAGUCAGGGUAACUACGUCUAUCCCAUGCGUAUUCUACCGCCAGAGCCAACAACCUCUCCCGGAGCUCCUCUGAGGGAAGCCACAACGCCAAGCCCGCGAUUAAUCGCGCGAGUGAUAUAUGAAGACGGCGUACCACUGACAACUGGAAGCGACGGAUCCCCAAUUCACUUUGAUGGAAAAACACCUGUGGAACUCAACGAGCAAAAUGAGCCACUUGGCCCAGAUAACAAUGUUCUGGAGAAGGACGAACAGGGAAACUACAUUUGGCCCCAAAAGUCUACCGACGUACUCGCGCUUGGCUUAGGUAUAGUCGAACCGCGCCUGUCGUCUCCCAGACCUUUCGAAGUCACUCCCAAAAAAAUUCCAACAUCGCUGUCCAGUACACCUGGCCCGGCAAGAGUCAAACCCUUCGUGGAGGUUGUCCUGCCUGACAAGGAAGAGCUGCGACUUAGCCCUAAUGAAACAAAGGAACUCGCUAGCGGACACAUUGUGCAAGUCUCUGAAGAUGGGGCCGUAUCUCUUGACGGACAGGUAAUCCAGCCAGGAGAGGAUGCGAAGGUCCAUAUUCCGAAAGAAUGGAUCAGUGAACAGGCAUCGACUAUGCAGGCAAUUGAGGUCAUCACCGACAGGACGGUGAUUCAGCCCGUUGGACCCGACGGCGAGCCGAUAACGCUUGACGAGCGAGAGGAACCUUUAGGUCCGGGCGGUGAAACGUUGAAGAAAGACAGUGACGGUAAUUAUGUCUACCCCAUGCGUAUUCUACCGGAAGAGCCAACAAGCUCGCGCGGACUUCCUCUCAUAGAAACUACGACAUCGCCCCGAAGAGUAAUUGUGCCAGUCAUAUAUGAAGACGGCGUACCACUAACAACCGGAAGCGACGGAUCCCCAAUUCACUCCGAUGGAAAAACACCCGUGAAACUCAACGAGCAAAAUGAGCCACUUGGCCCAGACGGCAAUGUUCUGCGGAAAGACGAAGAGGGAAAUUACGUGUGGCCCGAAAAUUCCACAAGCGUUCUCGCCUCUAUUGUGCCUAAGGUUCAACCAGACGUGUCGUCACCAGUACCUUUUGAAGUCACUCCCGAAAAAUCCCCAACACCGUUGUCCAGUACACGUAGCCCGGCAAUAGUCAAGCCAUUCGUGGAAGUAGUCCUGCCUGACAAGCAACAGCUACGACUCAGCCCUAAUGAGAGGAAACAGCUCACUAGCGGACACAUUGUGCGAGUUUCUGAAGAUGGCACCGUGUCCCUCGACGGACAUGAUAUCCAGCCAGGAAAGGAUCAGAAGGUCCAUAUUCCGCUAGAGUGGAUCAGUGAAGAGGCGUCGACCCCAGAAGGAGUUGAAAUGGUCACCGACAAGACGGUUGCUCAAGUUUCUGAGGUGGUUUCUGGAAUCUCACCAGAGGAGGUAGCCGGGCUAUCGAGAACGACACCGGCCCUCGUGGCUACACCGAAAGUGCCAACUAUUGUUGACAUUGAUGGAAAUCCCUUGCCAAGGAAUGAGAAAGGAGAGGCCCUCGGCCAUGAGGGAGAACCCGUCAGGCUUGACGAGAGGGGCGAACCGCUGGAUCCGGACGGUGAGAAGUUGAAGAAAGACAGUGAUGGUAAUUACGUCUAUCCCAUGCGUAUUCUACCGCAAGAGCAAACAACCUCUCGCGGAGCUCCUCUCACGGAAGCUACAACGCCAGGCCCGCGAGUAAUCGCGUCAGUGAUAUAUGAAGACGGCGUACCACUAGCAACUGGAAGCGACGGAUCCCCAAUUCACUCGGAUGGAAAAACACCUGUAGAACUGAACGCGGAAAAUGAGCCGCUUGGCCCGGACAGGAACGUUCUGGAGAAAGACAUAGAUGGUAACUACGUCUGGCCUCAAAAAUCUACAGACGUGCUAGCACUCGGUGUAAGAACAGUGGAACCGCACGUACCUUCAACCGUGCCUUUCGAAAUCGCUUCCGAGACUCCUGGGAGAUUUCUGUCGGAAACAACUUUGGGACCGCCUGGAACGGUUGGACCGUACAUCGAAGUGAUCGUACCUGACCAUGGGAAGCUAGGACUCAGGCCUAAUGAAUCCAUGGAGCUUCCUGGCGGGCACGUUCUAAGGGUCUCCGAGGAUGGUACCGUGUCCUUUGACGGAAAGGUCAUCCAGCCAAGAGAAGACGGUAAGGUCAGCAUUCCGAAGGAAUGGAUUAGUGAGGAGGCGUCGACGUCAGAGCCGGUCGAGGUCGCGACGGAUAAGACGCUUGCCCAGUUGCCUGAGCUAGCCUCUGGAUUCCCGGCAGAGGAGGUGCCAGGGGUAUCAGGAGCUACGCCGGCCCAAGUGACUACACCCAAAUCAGCAACCAUUGUUGACAUUGAUGGAAAUCCUUUGCAAACAAAUCAGGAGGGAGAAGUUCUCGGGCCUGACGGGAAACCAGUGAGGUAUAAUGACGCUAGUGAACCUCUCGGCCCAGAUGGUGAAAGACUGAAAAAGAACAAGAAUGGGGCUUUUGUGUAUCCCAUGCGUACCGUACAGGCCACUACUUCCAUUAUACUUCCUUCGUUUGAAACGACAAGGGCUAGUUCCCUAGAGUCGAUUCCAGUAAUAUAUGAAGAUGGAGUGCCGUUGAACAUCACAGAUGACGGAGUCUUGAUUCACGCAGAUGGAAGUACGCUUGUUGAGGUGAACGAGGAAAAUGAACCGAUUGGCCCAGAUAAGAAUGUAUUAAGGAAAGACAGAGACGGAAAGUAUGUGUGGCCCCAAAAGUCGACCGAAGUCAUUGCGCUAGGGGUAGCUACAGUACCGCCGGAAUUAACUUUACCCACUUCUGUUGGACUGUCCUCGGACAUCAUCACAGCCGCGCCCGAGUUAAUCCGGUCCAUUGAGAUCAUUCUGCCCGACAAGCAACGUAUAGAAUUGAAAGUUAACGAAACGGUAGAACUUCCAAGUGGUCAUACAGUGUACAUCUCUGAAGAUGGGACGGUGUUUGUUGACGGAAACGUCGUGCAACCUGAAGAAGAUGGUAAAGUUAAGAUUUCGCCGGGAUUUGUUGCGGAAAAGAAGCCCACAGAUGGACCGUUGGAAGUCUUUACCGACAAGUCGCUUGUUGGCAGUUUUGGAGUUUAUGGUGAAUCUUCUACUGUUUAUGUAACAAUGGUUACUCCGAGUGGUGCCGUUCAGGUUGAGAAGACUAGAGGAGAAUGGUUAUCAGAAACCUUUCGUCUGGUUGUGUUUGUAAAGGUUAUGGGUGGUGAGUUUGUGUCUUUACUGUUCCUGCUAGAUUGGUCAUUCCACAAUUAUGGUUGUGAUAGAAGGUAAUU